AUGGCCAACUUGUUCAACAGUGCGCGAACUGCGUUCCGCGCAGCCGUCAACGGCUCGGCCGCCUCGGUAGGUAUCCAGUCGCACCAGCAGCCCAUGCCUCCGUCUCGCCGCAUUUCCGACCAUUCGCACUCCUCGACAGCCGUCACCAUUGGCACAAUCAUCAGCAUCCGACUCUAUCCUAUUGAGCCAGCACGCGCAUCGUCACCCGAACAGCGCGCCCAGCAAUUGCAGUCUUCAUCCGCACAGAAUGGUGGCAUUGACUCGCUUCCCUAUCCUCGGGUCAUUGCGGUCCGCAAUGCGUCGACACACGCUGCUCCCAACGCCUCGCAGUCGUUCCUCACCUCGCGAUCGUCGGCCAUCGCCGCCACCGCCGUCGCCGCCGGCUCGGUCGCCUGGUACAGCCACCUGUACGGCACGCUCCCCUUCCUGGACACCGCCAGCGCCAACAUGGCCGACGAGGGUCUCCACCCACCCAAGUACCCCUGGUCGCACUCGGGUGUCUUUGAGACUUUCGACCACGCCUCGAUCCGACGUGGCUACCAGGUGUACCGCGAGGUCUGCUCGUCGUGCCACUCACUCGACCGCAUCGCCUGGCGCAACCUCGUGGGUCAGUCGCACACCGUCGACGAGGCCAAGGCCAUGGCCGAGGAGGUCGAGUACGAGGACGGCCCCGACGACGAGGGCUCCAUGUUCCAGCGUCCCGGCAAGCUCGCCGACUACAUGCCGCGCCCUUACGCCAACGACGAGGCGGCUCGCGCUGCCAACGCCGGUGCGCUGCCGCCUGAUCUCAGCCUGAUGGUCAAGGCGCGUCACGGCGGUGCCGACUACAUCUUUGCGCUGCUCACGGGCUACACCGACCCUCCGGCGGGCGUCAAGGUGCAGGACGGCCUGAACUACAACUCGUACUUCCCCGGCACCCAGAUCGCCAUGGCGCGCGUGCUGUACGACGGCCUGGUCGACUACGAGGACGGCACGCCCGCCACCACGUCGCAGAUGGCCAAGGACGUGGUGACGUUCCUGCACUUCUGCGCCGAGCCCGAGCACGACACGCGCAAGAAGAUGGGCAUGCAGGCGGUGAUUGUGCUCUCGUCACUCACCGCGCUCUCGCUCUGGGUCAAGCGCUUCAAGUGGGCAGGCAUCAAGAGCCGCAAGAUCAUUUACAACCCGCCCUCGGCUCACUAA